CCCAGCCUGGCCUGUGUGGUGCUGCCGAGGGGCAGAGAAAGGAGCCUAGCGACCGAGCGGGGCUGGCGCCGGAGACCAGGGGCACAGUCAUGUCUGACCAGGAAGCAAAACCUUCAGCUGAGGACUUGGGAGAUAAGAAAGAGGGAGAAUACAUUAAACUCAAAGUCAUUGGGCAGGACAGCAGUGAAAUUCAUUUCAAGGUGAAAAUGACGACACAUCUCAAGAAACUUAAAGAAUCAUACUGUCAAAGACAGGGAGUUCCAAUGAAUUCGCUCAGGUUCCUCUUCGAGGGUCAGAGAAUUACUGAUAAUCAUACCCCCAAAGAGCUGGGGAUGGAGGAGGAAGAUGUGAUUGAAGUUUAUCAGGAACAGACGGGGGGUCACUCGACAGUUUAGAUUCUUCUGAUUCUUUCUCCCCCCCCCUUCCCCUUACUCCUUUUUUAUUUUUAAAUAAUAGUUCUUUUGUAAUGUGGCGUUCAACACUGAACUGAAACUCGCACCCCACCUCUGGGAAUUUAUUUUCAAACAUCUGGUAUCUUGAAUUCUCGUGCUCAUUAUAUACUAUCAUUUCUGUUUUCAUUGUGCUGAACUCUUGUGAUCCAGCUGCAGCCCUGCUCCCUUCCCCCUUCCUUUUAAAAUUACAUGUAUACACAUGCAUUUGUAUGUUCACUAGGAUCGUGCGUUUCAGGCACGAAGGUUAAGAUCUGCCAGGUGGGUAAAUGUUCCUCAUGACUUCCACAGCAGCCCCGAAGUUUUGAUGUGUGACUGUUUCACUCCUGGACUAUAACUUUCUGUGGGAGAUGAAGUUUGUCAGAGAACUAAACAGUGGAGAAGUUGUGGGUCCAUAAUUCAGGGAGAUUUUCCUUAAAUUGUGCUGGUGGCCCAGGAAAGAAGACUGUCCAGUUGAAAAUGGAAAAGAUAGAACUGGUGUCAUCUGUACCUUACUCCAGAGAUGGCUUCACAGAAGACACAAAAUUGAAAACCUUGUUUCUUAAAUUUUGGCAGAAGAGCCCAGAAAAGUUCUAACUUUCAAAUAGCAAUUGAUACACAGAUAUUCAUACAAGAGUGUACACAGCAGGCAACUGGUAGUAUUCUGAUACUCUUUGUACAUUUUGACCUGGGACAUGGGUUUUGAAUGGACAUUGUGUCUGUACCAGCUUCAUUAAAAUAAACAAGAUAAUACAAUUUUAUAAACAUAACAAUUUGUAUUUUCUUUUCAAAUAUUUGGAGAUGAAAGCAAGAGAGCAACUGGAAAAUGAUAAUACACUGGAUAUGCCUAUCUACUAAAUAUUGAUCAAAGCCAGUAAAUAUUACAUUCUAAAAACAUAUUAUCUAAACUAGAAUUCUGUUCCCUGCUCACUCCAAGUAUUGAACAAUAAUUUUUAUAGUUAUGUGCAUUCCUUUCUCUUGAAGCUAUUAACUGUACUUGUAAGAUGAUGAAAAUAUAUAUACUUGUAGUUUCAGCUUGGAUUCUAAAAUUAGAGGUUAGAUUGAAACCUGUAACUUGGAAGGGAAAGUUGAAAGAAAACAGACUUAAAAAAACAAAAUAAAAAAGUUAACCUUUUUCCUCUAGAUCACUGCAUCACAUAUGGUCUAGUCAGUAGUGCCCUGAUGUAAUUACUAUCUGAUGUGUGAAUGGAGUCCUGUCUAAAAUGAGUUGCGGGCUCACUGCAGUUCCUCACUAGGGAUGUUAAAAAGUGGGUUUUUUUUGUUUUUUUUAUAAACUGUGUGUAAAUGCUGUUUAUCAACAGCAGUUACACGCAGGGAAGGGAGGAGGUGGUGGCUCUGCAGGAGCCGGUGCUUAAAAGCCGGCUCCCCUUGAGCACUGGCUCCAGCCUGGUACCCACACUGCCUCUGAGAGGGGCUUACAUAUAACGGUGAAGGUUAACUCGUGAGCCCAGGCUCAUCAGUUAAUUGUUUAAAUGAAUACACUGUCUCAUCCCUAUUCCUCACCAGGUAUCCUCAUCUCAGGAGGUUACCACCAUUGUGGGGUACCUGCUUGGGCAGUCUCAACAGUGCAUCAUAGAAUUACGAAUGGUCACACUCAAUGUUAUAUUCAGAUGAGUCUUAGGGCUCAGCAAGGAGGUGAAUUGGCUGGAUAGUGUAGAAAAAUACAUUACUCUGCCCAUGUGACAUUCAAAUAGGACUUGAGAGUGUAGGUUUUUACAUCAAGUGCUUGGUGAAAACUCAGUUAACAGUAAAACAUUUUUGCAAAAUGGCAUAUUUGUAUUGCAGAAAUCGCAGAUGGGUUUUGAGUUUAUGGAGCUCACUGUAAAGUUAUACGUGCUUUUCCUUUCAUGCUAGUGGUUUCGAUGUCCUGUUUCCCAUGUAUUAAUACACUGCUUUUGUACUCAUAGCUGCACUAAACAAUCUCUUUUGAAGAUUAAAAUUUUGGUUUAGUAAAGUCAGAAAAUAUGGAUUUUUUUUUUUUUUUUUUUUUUUAAGUGUUGUGUUUAACCAAAUGAUUCCUAGAAGAAAAAUGACAUUGAAAAUGGAAGGGAAGAAAUAAUCACACCAGAAUAAUGUAUGUUGGAGCAAAAUACUGUUUUCCAGAAUACCAAAUAUAGCUGUCUUAAGUAUGUAUAUUGCCUCAGUUACAACAGGAUCUGAGUGCUUCUCCAACUUUCUAAUAAAUGCAGCCUCACAGGGUAUGUCUAACCUGCAUCCCUCUGUAGGCAGAGGGAUGCAGAUUAGGCAGGUUGACAUUGCAAAUGAGGCAGGGAUUUAAAUAUUCUGUGCCUAAUUUGCAUAAAAAUGGCCACCGCGUUUUGCCGACUCAGCACUUAAUCGGCAAAAAGUGGCAGUCUAGAGGGGAUCUGUUGAGAGAGAAUGCCCUUUUCGACAAAUCCCUUAUGCCUCCUGCAAGGAGGUUUACAGGAUCUGUCGAAAAAGGCUUUCUUUCUCGACAGAUCUAUACUUAAUGGUUUAAAGCACAAUUAUGGCAAUGCUUUAAACCAAAAGCGUGGCCAUGGAACCCCAGCGCUUUGUGUAACCCACCUUUGUGAGGGGAGUAGCUUACAGCGCUGGGCUGUAGCCUGGUUCAUGCUGGCGCUUUACAGCGCUGUAAAGUACCUGUGUAGACUUGUCCUUAGAGAGGUUUGGGGGGAGAUUUGGCUGCUGGCCUUCUCUCCUCCAGUGAAGCUGAACUGGUGGUGGCUCUUCUAUAGUAGAUUUUUCUCCUGAAGUUUGUCGUCCUUCCUCUGCAUGCAGACACUGCUGUUCAGCAACAAUGCUUUAUCCACUUUUCCUAACUGCUCAUAGCCAAUCUAUUGUUAACACUCCUCUACCAUUGUGGCCAAAAGUGGAGCUGAAAUGUUGGGAAGAUUUAGGAGAGUGUACUCUAAUUUCCCCCACUGCACCCUAGUUUUGGAAACUAAACCCAGGCUCCAUGUAGGAACACUGUUCCCAUAUCUCUUAGGUCUGAUUUUUUUUUUUUUUUAAACAUCUGUAAGCUCCCAGGGUCCUUUGUGGUAAACAAUCUGUUUAUACCUUGUGUUUAGCUGCAAUGCUGAGUCUGUUUUGCAGAGCUCUCUGUAAGCUCAAUUGUUCACCCUUCUCGCCAACGGAAGUUGAUCCAAUAAAAGAUAAUUACCUCAACAA